UCAUUAUUGGAUGCCAACAUGAAAACAGGAAUCUACAUACUUCUCUUAAGUGAAUUAUGUUUUGAAUUCAUCCAGGCUGGUAUCAAACCUAAAUUUCCAAAAGAGGAAAAAGAGAGUAAUUUCUUGGAAAGAAAUAACGUCAGUAUUUCCAAAGAGUGGUAUCAUCACAAAAAUAUCUCUAAGCCUUUUGAACAUCAAGGUUUUGAAGACCAAGGUCUUGAAGACUUCACUCUUCACAACUUCACUGAAAAGACUGCAAAUUUCGGAUUUAACCUCUACAGAAAAAUUGCAAUGACACAUGAUAAUAAUGUAGUCAUCUCUCCAUUUUCUGUGUCAGCUCUCAUGAGUGUCUAUAUGAUGGCAGCCAAAGGAGAAACACACAGACAAAUUGUAAAAGGUCUGAACCUCCAUGCUUUGAAGGACAGAGUGGAUCACCAACAUUUACCAGCUUUGUUUAAACAAUUGAUAGGUAACAUCACAAUGAAUGAAGAAUUUCUCCUCAUGCAAGGUGUUCUUUCUUUUAUUCAAAAGGACUUCAGACUCAAAGAGUCCUUCCUGAAUUUAUCUAAUCAGUACUUUGAUAUGGAAUUCCUGAAAGUGGACUUUGAAAACUUAACACAGGCAAAACUUUUCAUCAAUCAAAACAUUAAUAAAAUGACCAAAGGAAAAAUCCCAAGGCUUUUUGAAGAGCUGGACCGCCAUAAUAAACUGGUGCUUGUGGACUACAUUUUCUUUAAAGGCAAGUGGGUCUAUCCAUUUAAUUCCAAAUUCACGGAAAUUGAGACUUUCCACAUUAACAAAUACAGAAGCGUACAGGUACCUAUGAUGUUCAAGUCAGAUAAAAUUAAUUCCACUUUUGAUGAGAACUUGAGAUGCGCUGUGAUAAAGAUACCUUACAAAGGGAAUGCCCACAUGCUGAUUGUUAUCCCAGAAAAAGAGGGAGACUACAUUUCAAUUGAAGACCAUUUGACUACAGAGCUUGUGGAAUCCUGGCUUGGAAACAUGAAAACCAGAAAAAUGGAUAUUUCAUUUCCAAAGUUUAAACUAGAGCAAAAAUACAAAAUGAAGAAACUGCUUCAAGGUCUUGGAAUUAAAAAGCUCUUUACACGUUCAGCAGAUCUUAGUCAUCUGACAGAUGAAGAAUAUGUAGCAGUUUCACAGGUUGUCCAAAAUGCAGUUAUUGAAGUGGAUGAAGAAGGAACUGAGGCUGCAGCAGCAAGUGGCUCAGAAAUAACUGCAUUCACAGUGCCUCCUGUCAUCAAAGUGGACCGGCCAUUCCUCUUCAUGAUUUUUGAAGAAACUUUUAAAACAUUACUGUUCAUUGGCAGGGUGGUUGAUCCAACAGAAAUGUGA